GCGGCAGUGACGAUUUUUCCAAACCAGGCGGUUGGUGGGGAAUUUUGCAUCUUUCACCAAGAAAAACGCUGCCCACUCUCAAGCCCAGCCGAGACCCACAGAAAAUUCCGCGGCGGCGGAAAGCCCCCACCCAACCUGGUCGGCCGGGACGAGCUCAGAGCCCGUGACCUGUGGUGUGGUUGGUGCUGGUGACGGGCUGCGCGACGUCGACUGUUCAGUGGCUCCGUGGCUCUCGCCGACGUCGGGUCAGUUCCAGGUCAGGUCACACUCGAGCCGCUCGAGACAUCAACCAAUCCAACAUUCAUCGCCAAGUUUACAUCUCUCGUGGACGCCGACCUCGAUGGCAUCGACAGUGCUGACCCUGGAGCAGCUCCCGGAGGACGUGCUCCUGAUGGUGAUGGGGUUCGUGUCCGUGGAGGACGUCCUCGCCUGCCGCCUCGUGUGCAAGGCGCUCUGCGGCCUGGCCCUGCACCCGGACGUCUGGCGCCACCGGUCGCUCAAGGACGACGAGCCCCACGCCCUCGCGGUGCUGCACCUGGCCCCGUGCCUCGACGAGCUGGCAGUCUCAGGCCUGGUCCCGACCCUGGCGGUGACCACGACCAGGUGCGCCGCGGCAUCGUUGUAUCUGCUUUCGGAGCCUGGGGUGGCCUUUAGCAUCGCAGAGUACGCCUUGGCCGUACGCAACCAAGAGUCCCUCGGGCGCCUCAGGAGACUUGAGCUUCGUUGCUCCAUCGACAAAAACACGACUCCAAACGACGUGUUGAUGAGGACAGUUGCGUCAUGUUCCGGCCUGGAGUGGAUCGAAAUCGGUGGCGAUAUACCUGAUAGUAUCUGCCACCCCGUUGUCCACGGCCCACCCAGGCCCUCGCUCAAGUAUUUUCACUGCCCAGUGACCUCGGCGAACGCAGCAACGUUCGUGAACACUAUAUUGGCCGGGCACGCGGCUACCCUGGAGACGGUGAACAUCGAGUCGAGUUCCCACCUCGAUCUGACGGCGACGGCUGACUUGUUGGCCGCCAUGCCGAGACUCCGAAGUUUGCGGUGCGACGCAUGGAGUGUGGGUCUAGAGGCUGUGGCGGCUUGCAAGACGCUCAUAGACGUAAGCAUUUCUAUGAGCAAAGACCUAGAUGAGCUCGGUAGGGUUGCAAGGUUCGUGCGCCGAGCCAAGCAACUGCGAUGGUUCUACGUAGAGUACUUCGACUUCGAGGGAGGCUUGCCCGCCGAGUACUGCACCAUGUUGGUCGAUGCGCUGGCCCCCGGGCGGUCCCAACUGGAACAGCUGUCCCUUGACGGGUUCAAAGACGUGCGGCCUCUUCUCCGCGCACUGCCCAUGCUGCCCGCCCUGCGACACCUGGACCUGUGCGCUGAUCCCGACGACGAGUUGCUCAGGAGCAUCACCCCCGUCACGGCCCCGGCGCUGAGGCUGCUGGAGAUAGGUAUUCCGCUGGGGCAAUGUCCCCACGCCUGGAUGCACGGGGACGCGGUUAAGGCGACUCUCGCGGAGAAUCCCUCGCUUCACAUCCAGCUCUGGUGCCGCCCACUUAGUUUCAAGUGCGAUCCCCAGGACUGCAGGACAUGCGUGAUAGGUUGCCACCGAGAAGUGAAGUGGGGCGAGGUGGGGAAGAUAGGGCUCUACUCGCAUGACCCUGACAUGUGUCCCUCUCCGAGGGAUCACACUGCUGACGAUACUUCCGACUGGCAAAGGGCCUUCGACCGCUCUACUGAUGUCGAGUGUCUGUGGAUCCAUAUGUGAUGUAUUUGCGCUUGAAUGUGGGUGCUCCGAACUUUAAGUUUUGUUCUUUCAGACAUAUGUUAACAAGCGAAAUGUAUUUAUUUUUUGCAUUGUGUAGAAAGUUUUUCAAAGAUUAAUAAAUGAGACA